UCGGGUCGUGACUGUGCGCUGUCCGGCUCCACGGGACCGAAGGACUGUGUAUCCGUGUCUUCGCACUCCAGCCGUCUUCCUCUGCCUAUGUAGGCAGGGCGGCUAGGGAGCCCCGUGCUGGCCCGGUUUUCCCGGUGUGAUGCGGGCCGAAGGGUCAGGAAGUGGGCUGCCAAAUGCCCAGUGUCCGGAGUAGGAUCUGCUUCAGCACGGGAAGGGCGGCGGCUGUCCCAUUAGUCAGUCCUUGACUUACUGGUCCUCCCAGUUCCCUCCUCUCGGCGGAUAAACAAACACCAGUGCCUGACUCGACUGACUCGAAAACAGCUUCACCUACUCAGUAAAGUUGUUUCCUCCCCAAACGUAAACUUUACUGCCGGGCGGCAGGUGGCGGCACGAUGGACUUGGCCGGGCUCCUGCUGGACGAAGAAGGCACCUUCUCCCUCACGGGCUUCCAGGACUUCUCGUUCCUCCCUGGACACCAGAAGCUCAGCGCUCGGAUCCGAAGGAGACUCUACUAUGGCUGGGACUGGGAAGCUGACUGCAGCUUGGAGGAACUCUCCAGCCCCGUGGCAGACAUUGCUGUGGAACUGCUCCAGAAGGCAGCCCCCAGCCCUAUUCGCCGGCUCCAGAAGAAAUACGUAGCUCAUGUGUCCCGGGAGGCGUGCAUCUCCCCGUGUGCUAUGAUGCUUGCUCUGGUGUACAUUGAACGGCUCCGCCAUCGAAACCCAGACUACCUACAGCACGUGUCGUCCUCUGACUUGUUCCUGAUCUCCAUGAUGGUGGCCAGUAAGUACCUCUAUGAUGAAGGGGAGGAGGAGGAGGUCUUCAAUGAUGAAUGGGGAGCUGCAGGGGGUGUGGCCGUGCCCACUCUCAAUGCCCUGGAGAGGGGCUUCCUGAAUGCCAUGGAUUGGCGUCUUUACACUGACCCUCGGGAGAUCUUUGAGGUGCUGAGCUGGCUGGAGAGCUGUGUGGCUGAGCAGCAGGGACGGCGGCGGGGCUGGUACACCUACACAGACCUGUGUGUGCUGCUGGAGCAGCCAGCCUGGCAGUUGGCCCUGGGCUCCCUCUGCCAGCGGCUGGCAAAGCUGUCUUGCCUGUUAGCUAUGGCAUAUGUGAGCAGUGUGGCCUUGGCUGUGGCGUCACUGGCUGUAAUUCACCAGUCCUUGGGGCUGGCCUGCAGCCCCUCGCCCGCCCCCCCGGACCUUGGACUGGCCUCCAGGUGCCUCUUGGAACCCUGCAUACCUUCUCCUGUGCCACAGUGCCUGCCAUGUCCUGUUAACGUCUCCAGCUGCCUGGAUGGUGACACAGGGCUGCGUUCACUCUGGGGCAGUCUUCUGGCUUCACUGACUCCUCCACCAUUGCCUCCCCCAGACCCUCCUGCCCCUCCCACUCUUUUCCAUAACUGUCCCCUUUGCCAGAAGCUCCAGAGAGAUUCCCCAAGCUGCCACGCCUGCCACCACUCCAACCAUACUGUCUCCACUGGGUCUCCCAGCCCUGGGUACCACUCCCGUGGCCUGGCUCCACCCUGGCUCUGGAGUCCAAUGCCCCCCCUGCUCCCCCCGCCCCAGCAGUGUUCCCUUUUCAGUGUCAUGGAGCUAGCCCGUCUCAAGUCUUUCAUUUUCCCGGGCUAGGCAGGCAUUCAACAAAUGCAUUAAGAGGAUUUGGGAAUCCCUGAGAACCUAGAGGGGGAAAGCUUGAUUUAGAUCCUCUCUACCUCUCUGGGUCCUUGGCUGGUCCCCAUCCUCCUAGGUAAUGGAGCUUAAGGGGUUGUGGGGUAGAAGGACUGAAGGUCACUCACUCUCCUAGACCUCAGUGGCUGGCUGCUUGGCCAGAGCAGCGAUGGUACCAGGGAAAGCUCCAGCUUGGUGACCAGGGCCACAUCACAGCCAGACAGAGGAGAAGCCCCUGUCUCUCCACCUCCCUGGGUUCUAGACUUUUGCUUUUGAGUUCCCUAUGAUGGAAGGGGAAAAGUGGGGUGAGGGAGGGAGGAAAUGUUGAUUGGGGGCCUGAGUGAUGUCCCUGAAGCAGGAGAGCGAGGGACUGAUAGGGCCAAGGUGGGAUCUGCCGAGGGAAGGCGGGGUCAGGUGGGAAACCCUCUCCACACCCCAUCCCUUGGGUGUAGCCUAAAGGAGCCAGGGACUGCUGCCGCCUUCAGCCCUGCCCUUUUGUCUUCCAACCUCUUCUUAGUACCCUGCUCCUGGGCUUCCCUCUCUUCCAGUUCUUCUCCGGGUGUUCUCUUCACAGGCCUCUCUGGCCACUGCUUUGUAUUUGGGUUUUUCACGCUUUUGUAGAACUGAGGUUUCAAUAAACAGUUUCAGUUGCA